CAUACUGGAAGGAAGAUAAAAAGGCAGUCCCAGAAAAGCACAAACAAGAAGUCAAAUUUCUCAGGAGCUUGGCUCCCCCUCUAAUGGCUGCACUUGUGGCAUUAUUACCUCUCUGCAACCCACCGGUAUCAUUUGGACAGCUUAUUGAUGCUUAAAGAGGAGCAACAUGCAACACCUUUUCGUCAAGCUUGCGUUGGAUGUCAUAAUGGGGGUGGAAACAUAAUUCAACUUGGUGCAACACUCUUUUUACAAGAUCUACAAAGAAAUGGCAUCGACACAGAAGCGGAGAUAUAUCGGAUCACGUAUUAUGGAAAUAGAAGAAUGCCAGGCUUUGGGGAAAAUUGCACACCAAGGGGCCAGUGUACAUUUGGGCCUCAGUUGCAGGAUGAGAAAAUAAAACUUCUGGUAGAGUUUGUGAAGCUACAAGCUGAUCAAGGGUGGCCAAAAAUUGAAAGUUAUGAAAAUUGAUUCCAAUAAUA